AUGCGGGACGCUCUUAGCGCUGUUUGUUACUUUUAGCGCUCCUGGAGGCGGAUGGACAGCUGAGAAAGCCCUGCGGCCACAAAAUGGGAAACAUUCAUCUAUGGACAAGGUCUUUAGGGAAAGCUGGGAGCCUUCUAUCCAUCUGGAUGGAAGGCCAGUGGACCGCUUCAUCAUCAGCUCCAACAAACCUGCCAGGUCUCACCGCUUCACCAAAGUGAGCAAAGACAGUCGCUCUCAUCUUCUGGAGGAUGUAGACCCUGACUGGGUUAACCUGGAUGGCUUUGCUGUUGUGGGCAAUGUACCUGUCAGCAACUCAUCAACAGGUUCUGUCAGGUCUUCACAAGUUGCACAGAGAAAUCACUCCACCGCAGAGCGGACAACCAGAGUAAAUGGAAGUCCUCAUUCAGUGGGUGUGACCUACACCAGAGCUCACAGGAGGGCACCUCAGUCUUCCUCUGGUCCCAGGCAGCCUGAAAGAGCUGUGGCAAGACCACCGCUCCUGGAAAAAACACGUCACCACCAGAUCAAGCCUCAGGCCGACCAGAGGAAAAGACACACACCAAAACUAACAUCUGAGUCCGUUCAUGUGGUGUCACUGCAGGCACAGAAGGCCCAAGGUCAGAGCACACCUGCCAACAAAGCAGUUCCAUCCAAAACAUCCACACCAGAGCCACCUGAGUAUGAAGCUCGAGACAUCAGUGUCAGGGUCAUGUCUCCAAAGUCGGUGCUCAUCUCUUGGGUUGACCCUGCUGUCGAAAUGGGAAAAGUUGCCUCAGAGGCAUCCAGAUCAUAUACAGUUCGGUUCAGAGAGAAGGGUGAGUCAGCACGGUGGGAGUACAAGGACAGCACCCAGAGGAGGCUGAUGAUAGACACCCUGUCUGCCGAUGGCAUGUAUGAGUUCUCAGUCAGAAUCUCUCAGGGAGAAAAACAUGGCAAGUGGAGUGUCUCAGUCUUUCAGAGGACUCCUGAGUCAGCACCAUCUGGGGCACCUGAGAACUUUGAGGUCAAGCCUCUACGAGGAAAAGGAACAGCUGUCAUUGCAACAUGGGAUCCUCCUGAAGAACCCAAUGGGAGGAUAAGAGAGUAUAUAUUGUCUUAUGCUCCUGCUAUGAAACCAUUUGGAAUGAAAAGCACGACGUACCGUGGUAGCACAACCACAGCUACCAUAGAUGGCUUAACACCAGGAGAACGCUACGUAUUCAAGAUUAGAGCUACCAACAGGAGGGGAAUGGGACCACAGAGCAAGGCCUUCAGUGUUGCCAUGCCACAGUCCGGCAGUGCUGCCUCAUCGUUAUUGAAAACCAAGAACAGCCAACGGACUGACUCUUCUUCCGAACAGGACACUAACCAUGAAGAAUACAACCUUGAGUCAACAGACGCGCUAGAGCAACUCACCACAACCUCUCAGCCGCGCCCUGGCAUGCCUUUGAACAGGCGUGUACGUCCACUUUCCCAGACACGGUCCUAUCACAGCAUUUUCUCCUCCGUGAGAGGCUCAGUCAGGAAUGUGGUGAACAGAGAUUCAACUAGAGGAAGAGCUACAGAGGAUGAAGAACAAGAACAAGCCAAAAGAUCAACAACACCCCCUCCAGUGGAAGAGACAUUGUUCGCUGAAGUAGGGCUCGAGACAAAGGAACCAGACAAUGACGUUUCCCCAAUAUCUGAGGAUGUAGAGGGUUAUGGUGAGCGUCUGACCACUGAAACCCCCAGCCUCAAAGUUUUGACUCCUUCCCCAACCAAACCUGUGCAAGUUAGUCCUAAUCAACCAAACAGAAGGCCAUUUAAGAUCAGGGUCCAUAAAAAAGCUGAAUCAAAGGCAACUUCCCCCUCCUCAUCAAGUGGAACAUCUUCUUUGUCCAACUUACCUUCUUCAUCUUCUGACACCUCCUCCAUUCCUUCAGUCUCUGUUAAAACAUCCCAAUCUUUACCUUCAUCUUCCUCUUCAGCCUCAUUUUCUGCAACAUCAUCAUCCUCUUCCUCACAUAUUCAAGAGUCUGCAGCUAGUAGGAAGGACUAUGUCUCCUCUACACAUCCUGAGACCCAAAAUAAGUACAAUGAACCAAACAUUGCACCCCAGAAACCCUCCACUUCCGGUGUAAGAGAAACCAACUCCCAACAGACUGAUAGUGCAAAAACAGGUAGAGGCUCCACUUCUUCAGUACGCAGCCCCAGUUUUGGUUCAAGGUAUGGCAAUGGCAAAAGACAUCCUGGAGUUUUGUUAAGAGGGAAUUUGACCCGAACACUAAAUGGUUACAAACCUGCCACCUCUACUCAGGUUAAUUUGCCAGACAGCACUCACAGCCAAGUCACAUCACACACACGGGAUUCCGCAAAAACUCUGUCCACUUUAACAGAAAGAACUCAAAACCGUGAAACAUCAAAUACUUUCAAUUCUAAAGAAUCAAGGACAUCUUCAGCAAGUAAUUCAGGGAGCCAGACAUCAUCAGAUUCUUUUGCAUUUGAAAAAUCCCAGUCCACAUCAGAGUCUAGGUAUCGUGACUCUGUAAUUGUACAAGGUACAAAUCCAUCAACCUCAAACAGGAGAGCAAUUAACCCUUUGACUGCUGCCACAUCAGGGUCAUCUCAGUUAGCUUCACGAAGAGGUUCCUACAGCUCUGCAGCUUCAUUCGACACUCCCGAUUUACAGAGUUCACAUCCAUCACCUGAUCAAGGUGCAUCAUCCAGGGACAGAAAUGAUGACAGCAGUUACAAAAAUGCCGAACCUGGAGAAACAAAAGCUGAAAAGCCGACUUUAAGAUCUACAACCAAACCCACAGUGAAGGGGGAAAAUGAGGAAGAAAGGAAGGAUGAAAGCACCAAUGGAAAAUCUGCAAUUUCUCGUUCACGAGUCAGCCAAUCAUUUUCUGAAAGAUUUCCUUGGCUAGCAACUCGUUAUCCAGGUAGAUUAGGCUCAAAUACAAGGGCAACAUCCUCUAGGCAGAACAGUAAGAUUCCUUUCACCAGGGUUUCAUCAUCUAUUGGUGCUGGAAGACCAAUAUUAAGGGGAACACAACCAAGGGUCUCAGGAGCUGUUGGGGCAACAGGAGUGUCCUUAAUACAAGAGACUGGUGAAGGUCUCCAGACUCCAUCCACGCAUGAUACAUUAAAGGAUGGCAUUGGAGGGGGUUUAGUUAAGCUUUCUUUGACCAAUCAAAAUACAGCAUCAAGUGAGUCUCGAAACACACCUACCUCAUCUGUAUCCGCAGCUUCUGCUUCCUCAAAUUCUGAUGCACAACAGUCCUCAAGUUUGCACAAAGACUCCAUCCACAAAGAGAUAUCUGAUACAAAUAGUAAUGAUAAUUACAAGGACUCUAUCAGUGAAAGGAGUGGAGGUGGUGCUAAGCAAGAUGCAGAUCCUGAAGCAGCCCAAAAGAAUCCUGCUAUAACCUCUGCUGUCCAGAGAAAUACAGACGACAAUGAGGGUCUGAGUACAAGGAAAGCCUCUUCCAGGACCAGGUCUGGUAUGUCCUCUGGUAUGGGGAUGAAUGGGAGGAUGCGUUCUUUGAUAUUGAACAGGCGGGGCAGUGGUUCACGGCCCUCCAUAAAAUUACAGACAGCGCAAAACUCUAGGCUAGGUGCUUCAACAUCUGAUUCAACCCCUUCCUCAUCUGAUUCGUCUUCCGCAUCACAUUUACCUCGGUCAGUGCUGACCUCAGAUCUGGACAGGGGCAGUGGCACUAUCUUGACAAAAGCAGGAAGCAACUCUCACACGACGUUGUCGUCAUCUUCUAUGAGAGAAAGUUUAAGGAAUCAUGGGAGUAGGCUUCGCUCUCCCAUCAGUCGAGGGAAACCAAGCAAUGAAGGAGGAUUCAAACCUGGCAAUGGAAACGUAGGUAAAUAUGGGCAACCUAAUUUGGCAACAACCAGUGAAAAGGAGUCUGCUUCUUCUCGUGGCACCAGUAAAGCUGCUGGUCAAAGGUUUAUUACGGGACCUGAUGGAACCAAAUGGGUGGUUGACUUGGAGCAAGGGGUUCUUUUAAACCAGGACGGACAAGUUCUUCAGGACUCUCAAGGCAAACCCAAGAGAGUAGUACUUGGAGAAGAUGGACGCACUAUUUUUGAUCAUAGGGGCAGUCCCCUGGUAAGUCAGGAGGGGAUUGCUCUCUUUGGCCAUGGCAGAGAUAGCCAGCCUGUGGUCAACCCCAAAGACAAGGUCCUCAUGGUAGGAGGCAAACCUGUUCUUGGUUUGGACAUUAUACACCCCAAGACUAUUACCACCACUACCACCGGGGCUCCCACUACUACAGUUGAACCCACCUACACUGAAUGGACGACGGAGGAGUCAACCACUGCAAUGCCAUACCCAACCUGUCCACCGGGAACCUUCUCCAAAACAGAUGAAUAUGGAUAUCCUGUUGUGGACCUAGAAGGAAUUUUGGAUUGUUAUCCAGAAGAGGACUCCUCAGGAAUGGAAAUGGACCACAUGCUUACAGUGUCCAUGGUGCCUGAUGCUUUAGCUCUUGAGAAAGAUGAGAUGUUUAUUCAGACCACCUUGCCACCUUCCACAACGUCCACAACUACCACAGAGAUCCCAAUUCCAGUGCCCCAAACCAGGCCCGUCAACAAAGGUCCUUCAUCUGAGUUCGAUCUCAGCGGAAAGAAACGCUUCAUAGCUCCUUUCGUGAACUACAUCCAGAAGGACCCAGGUGCUCCUUGCUCUUUGACAGAGGCUCUGGAAUACCUUCAGGUAGAUGUCCUCGAAGGCUUGAUAGAAAAGGACAGUGCUUCAGCCAAUCAGAAGCAACCUCCUAAAAACAAGCCUCAUAACUUCACCGUGGUUGCCAUGGAAGGCUGCCACUCGUUCAUCAUUCUGGACUGGGCCCGUCCCUUGAAGGAUGACAUGGUGUCAGGCUACUUGGUCCACAGCGCUUCAUAUGAUGAUGUUAUUAAUAAUAGGUGGUCUACCAGAGCCUCCAGUGGUACACACUUACCUGUGGAGAAUCUAAAGCCCAACUCAAGAUACUACUUCAAAGUGCAGGCCAAGAAUGUCUUUGGUUUGGGACCAUUCAGUGAUACGCUCACCUAUGUCACCGAAUCAGAUGACCCUCUGCUUAUCGCAAGGCCUCCAAGUGGAGAGCCAAUCUGGAUUCCAUUUAACUUCAAGUAUAACCCUGGUCACAGCAGCUGUAAGGGAAGCCAGUACGUCAAGCGUACAUGGUACAAGAAGUUUGUGGGUGUGGUUCUGUGUAAUUCCCUUCGAUAUAAGAUCUUCAUGGGAGACGGUCUAAGAGGGCAUUUUUAUAGUAUAGGAGAUACAGUUGGCCAGGGAGAGGACCAUUGCCAGUUUGUUGACUCCUAUAAGGACGGAAGAACGGGCCCGGCUUACCUCUCAAAUAAUCUGCCCUCAGCACAAGGAUUUUACCGUGCAUACAGACAGGAGCCAGUUUUGUUUGGAGUUAUUGGCCGACAGUCAGCCCAUCCAUUCGUGGGCUGGUAUGAAUGUGGGGUGCCCAUCCCUGGCAAGUGGUAACAUCGGGGGAAGAGGACACAUCGUCGCCAUGGACACCUGCUCUCUCUGCAUCUUGCUGCAGGCUCUUAACUUUACUGGUCCUGCCUUUAAAAACAGACUUUUGCCUUUGAGCACAAAAAGACACCACUAUGAAUUUAUUACAGCUUCAGAAAAAGAGAAUAUAGUACUUUUAAACGUCUCAGUGUGUAUCGUUUCGUUGCAGUUUUUACGUAAAGCAGUGUGUAUAUUAGGGAAAAAGAGGCAUAUGUACUCUUGCUUGGCUUAACCAUUAUCUCAAAGUGUCCUUGUAUUUCUUACAACAAUCCUAGAGACAGGUCCUCUCCCAGUGUUAUUUAUCUCUUUAAUAAUGCACACAAACCUGGUCAAACAAAUGACAAUGGACCAAAGUACAAGCUGCAAAGCAUACUGUACAAAUGGGCACUUAAGUUGUGUAUAGGUCUUUGUAUUUCUUAAUGUAAUGGCAUCUGACAGCUCCUUGUAAUUUGUUUGUUUUUCUCCUAAAACCAUCUUACCAAUUUUACACCCUUUUGGUAUUCAUCGGAAUUCUUUAAAAGUUACUGUGCAAGUUUUAUAUGUAUACAGAAAAAAGAAUAAAAGACAUAAUAUUUGCUCAGGAACUGUGGGAGAUUGAAUAAAGGUGCAAUGAAUACCUCAGCAAUCCCAAAACAUGAAUCAUAUGAUACUUUUCCCUGCUGCCACAUUCUUUUUUAUUUUUUAGCAAAAGCUUCCCCAGAUGAUCCAGAUCUACUUCAUCAACUUAAUGGAAAAAGUUGAGUCUAGACGAGGCCUACCUAAAUGAGUUAGAGCACCAAAUGUUACUGUCUAAUAAGGUGUCAAAUACACACAUAAUUGGCUUAAUAAUUAAGCCAACUCAAAGUGCAAAAAAGAGCUGUUCCUCCAGCAACUCUUUACGCUUUCACAGUUAAUCAAUUUCAAAGACCUAUAUGUCAAAAUGCCAAAUUUUAGGCCAUAAAUAAGGAAUUGAUAGUGUCAAAGAGGUUGAUGCUGGACUGACUUUGCCAGAGGAGACAAAGUUGGAGACACUGGUGUUUGAGGGUAAUGGGAUAUGCAGGCGCCUUCUAAAUGUGUAAAUUAGGCAUUUGAUUGUCAAAAUCCCAAUGAGGUUUCAAACAAUCAGAUGAAUCAAGCAGAACCCGUCAGUGAACAGAAGCUCUUCGGUUAAUACCCACACACCACUGCUCAUGUUUGUCUAGAAAGCGGAUUUGUUCAGACAUCUGUGUUUUGGCCACAAGCAGACAUUUUGGAGGCUGUCAUAAAUUAUUCCCUUGUGAUCAUAACAUCAUAAAUAUCAGCUUCCCAACAUGGCAAGUGCUAAUCCAGUCUUGCUCAAAACCUUGAAAACAGCACAGGACGAGCUACUGCUAACCCCUCAAUGAACGUCUGAAUGCCAGACGUGGCAUUAAUCCCUAAAUGCAGUGUGUUUCCGGCUUUGACGUUGAUCACAACCUUAUGUGUCUGAAGACUUACAGGAAAAAAAUCCAAGAAAAUGCCACUAUGGAAAUUUAGGUUAUGCUUCUUUUGCCUUUGAGAAAUACACAGAAAAGCUAAUAAAAUGCCCCUGGAUCAGCAUUAUACUGUCAAAUAUUACAAAGAUCGACUCAACCAUCAAUUGUGUGGGGAAAAAAUCCUUACAUUACGUAUUGUAUGCAAAAUAAUUGCUGGACAAUGUUAUUAUAUCAUCAAUCUACAUGUUUUCAAAUGAAAAUUAACUAUAAUUAUUGUAAUAAUCUGUAAUAUUUUAUUCUUGUAUGAAUGUUAGCUAAAUUGGAGCGAGCUAUAAAACUAAAUGAAAUGUCGUAGUUGGUCAAUUCCAGUUUGUUUGAAAUUGAAU